AUGUCUGAUAUAGACAUGCUGCCUUCAUCUCAGAGCAGCAAUGCUGCUUUGCCCAGCUCUCCCCUUCCUGCAUCUUCGCCAGUCCGGGCGAGCAGCAGACCUAAGGGCCAGCCUUCCAUCACACCUCGACGCUUCACGAGGUUCUUUACUCCCAUCACAUCCCGUUCAUCGACCAACUCCAAAUCAAACAAGAGACUCAAGGACAUCACCAAGAACGCUGUCAAUCAAGUCAAGUUCAAUGGCUUCCACGACCUCCCUCAAUUCGAGACGCCACGAAAGAAAAGAAAGAUCUUACCCACUCCCGACAGCUCGCCUGUUCAGCCACUCGAUUCUUCGCCAUUAAGACCACUUGACUACCACCCUUCCAACCUUUCUCAUCAGCAGCACUACGAUCUCGACGCUUCAGAUAUCGACGAAGAGGACGAAGAGGAAGAGGAAGAAGAAAAGCAUUACCCGACCCCCAUCACACGCCUACACAACGCUGGAUCAAGCAGCCGUAUCUUGCAACGAAGCUUCGGUGGCUCAAGAAGUAUCGGCCGCGGCAGAAUUCAAGACCACUGUGUUCCAGACUGGCGUGCCCAAACCGCUGACUUUUACUCCCGCCCUGAUGACUGCCACAGCUAUCGUGGUGACGCUCUACCUUUCUGUGUCACUCGUUGCAAUACCAAUUCUCUCGUUGCUAUCGGCGAUGAGGAGGGUGGUGUGAGGCUGAUCGACUCGUCCCAUGCUGACAACUCCUUCUCCCAGCACCAUGUUAGCUUCAAACCUCACCGCAACGCUAUCAUGGACAUGGCUUUCUCCUCUGACGACUAUCUGUUUGCUACUGGUUCUGGUGAUCAGACAUCCCGGAUUGUUGAUAUGCACACUCAACAAACACGCUACAUUAUGCGCAGCCACACAUCCUCCGUCAAGCAGGUUCGUUUUCAGCCUGGCAACGACAGCAUUGUCGCAACCUCGAGUCGCGAUGGCAGUGUCAUGAUUUGGGACUUGCGUUGUCGCGGUCAGGAUGCUCCAGUCGCAGAUUUUGCUGUCAGCUUCGAGUCCGGUAAUGGCAUGGAAAAUGUUCCACGUCCUCACAAUAACACCAUCACGUAUGCCUCGUCUGUCAACAGCAUGCGUGACGCUCACGGUCUGCAGCACGAGCGUUCGGAUGUUUCCAUCACUGCUUUGUCCUUCCUAUCUGACUCACGCUCCCACUUGCUGCUCACCGCGACUGAAGCAAACGCCAGCAUCAAAUUGUGGGAUCUUCGUGGUAAAUACACAUCUCGUCGAGGUGGCCCUUCACGUUUCAGUUCAGUCCCCGUCUCGAGCACCCGUGAACCAGAGGCGCAUAUCAAGAACCGUCAAUACGGCAUUAGUAGUCUGUCAUUGAGUGGUGAUGGUAGCCGCUUCUACGCACUGUGUCGUGAUAGCACUGUCUACGCCUACUCGACCAAUCAUCUCAUCUUAGGCUCUGCUCCUGAGUAUGAAGCCUCUAACAACACACAAGCUUCAAAGUGGUUCCGACCUCGACAAGGCCUUACUGGCAUUGGACCAUUGUACGGUUUCCGUCACCCUAUGUUCAGGUCAACUUCCUUCUACGUCAAGUCUGCGCUGCGCCCUGCUACUAUAUCUCAGCCAGAGAUGCUUGCUGUUGGCAGUCGCGAAGGCUGUGCUGUCCUGUUUCCCACAGACGAGUCUCUUCUGCAGAAGAAGCAAAUUCAACUCCCUAGCUCAGGCACCUCUACUCCUGCUGGUGAUCAUGAUGAGGGCUCAGGUUUCCGUUCACGAAUCGGAUCCAUAGGGAAGUAUCAGGACACUUCGCUGCCUAUCUACACUCAGGGUACUGCAUUGAUCCGAGCUCAUGGCACUUCUGAGGUCACAAGCUUGGCAUGGAGUACUGAAGGUGAGCUCGUCACACUGGGCGACAACUUCACAGCAAGGUGCUGGCGAGAGAAGGACCGCAAUGCUGCAAGAGAGAUGAGAAUCUGCGGCGAGGGUCAAGGUGCUCGUUGGGGUUGGGGAUGGGCAGAUGUCGAAGGAUAUGAUGAGGAAGAGGGUUAA